CUCAACUAACUUCCGCAGUUCUCCAGCUGUGAUCCCUGCCGCCUUUUUGGUCACUCGAACCACAAUGCUUUGAGACAAUAUAGACUCAAUAGGGUUAAAGAUGCAUCCAAAUACAUCAGUUCCAACGUAAAGAAACAAGCUGUUACACAGAAAAGCAUAAGCAAUGACUGACCUACAUGAAACCGUACACCGCUGAAGAAAUAUGUAACGCAAAGCAGUGGGAGCACUGGUUAAAUUGAAUUAUUCGGGCUGUAUUCUCAGCAGAUGCCCCCAGCUGUACUAUACUACCUCACGCUCUAACACCCUAGCGGGUUUAUGUCCCUUGUUCGUCACACAAGCUAUUGUAUAGACUCAUCUCCAGUCCCUCGGCCAACCUCCUUUGCUUCUACAAAUUUCGCGCACUUUCAUUUCCGUAAACCUCCACACUUCACCAAUCAGCGGUCAGAAUAGGAAGCAGCGAACUGGCUGCGGAUUGGCUAUGCAGCCCGCGACGCGCAUUCCUGUAAUGAUGAGCGUGCUGAAUGAGUAACCCAGGAUCGAUCCAGUCGUCGGGGUUGAUUGGGGGUGAUAGCUGGGACUGUGCAAUGACUGAAGACUUCAGCGGUUCCCUGACACCCCCGAUCUCCCCCUAUCUCACAGAGAGCUUGGAGUUGGAGGGGGAUGGGGACAGCGCACCUCCUCGCUUCUCGUGCGCUCAUGACAGCUGCAGGGAUGGCGGGAAAGUCUUCUCUGUUGACUCUUACUUAGCAUCUGGGGCCCUGAAAAGGCUCUUGCUGAGGCUUGACCCUUCUCCAACCGACUACGAGACCGACACUGUGGAAAUAUUUGGCUUUCAAUGGGUGACCGAAACUGCCUUGGUGGAAUCAACAGAUCUUCUUUUUGGAUUGCUCAGGCAAAAAAUAAAUGCUCUGGAAAACCUUUCCCAGCCUGUAUCAUUUGAUUUUGGGCAAAUAGGUAGCAUACACACCGAGGCAGAGGAAAUCAGAAACCAAUGUGUCCGGUUUUUACAUUAUGUCAAAGUAUUUAUUUACAGGUUUUUGGAUCCCCCUCAAAAUAUGGAUAAUGCAACUCUUCACCCCUAUGAUGAACAAGAGGCUCAGCUUCCCUCAAAGCUGAUCGAAGAGCUUCAUGGUUUGAGUUUGUAUAUUGACCAUCUACAUGAACUCCCAAGCAAUAUUCAGACAGCCUUCAGUAUUCAGCAUCAAGGAAAGGUACUUCCCGCCUCGUGGCACCUCCUUCAUCUGCACUUAGAUAUCCACUGGUCCAUCUUAGAAAUCAUUCACCUUUUAGGAGACAAAAUGCAAGGUCAAAUUGUGUAUGCUCACCAGUUUAUAAAUCUCAUCGGGGAAAACUUAACAAGCGUGAGCCUAUUUGAAAGCCACUGUGAAAACCUAGUAUGUGAUCUUAUUGUCCUGGCAGCAAGUAGAUAUACAAAGAUGCGACCGUCAGAUGCUAUUAGUAGCCAUCCUUAUCCUUGUAUGUGUAUCAGAGAGCUGUGGAUUUUGCUUGUCCAGUUUCUUGACCACAGAAGCAAAAGCUCUUCCUCUGAGUGUUUUUGGAACUUGAUUAAUAAAUUAUUAAGAAACCUUCUUCAGGGAUUAAAUGGCUCGGAAGCACCUCAAAUCAGCAAUAUGGUCCAGUGUAAAGAUUCACUGGGACUCAGCUGGUGGCUUAUUUCACACCUCUCAUCUCUUUAUCAGUUCGAUCGCACUGGAAAUCACGAUGAGCAGCUCCAGGUGGUUUCAAACUGGAAAUUUGUAGAAGAGCUAUUAAAGAAAUCGAGCAGUGUACAGAAUUCAAUCCUAGAAGAUCAGCUUCGAAUGCAUUUGCAGUGCUGCUUGUCCUUAUGCAACAUCUGGGAAUCAAACUUGCCCACUGUGACCAUACUGUGGGAAUAUUAUAGCAAAAAUCUGAAUAGCUCCUUUAACAUCUCUUGGCUUGGCGUGAAAGGCUUGGCCAGUGUCAGUAAAACCCCAUAUUCCAUGCUGGAGGUGGUGAAGGGGUGCUGUGCUGAUGUACAAAGUGCUGACCUGUACAAGUCUGAUAACAGCUACUUCAUUUUCCUGCGGAUCAUGGCUCGUCUGAUGAAAAAAGCCAAAGAAAGCAGUGGGACCCAUCCGUGGAAGCAAAUUAAAGGAAGAAUCUAUUCAAAGUUUCACCAGAAGAAGAUGCAAGAACUUACAGAGGUUGGGUUGCAGAACUUCUUCAUGCUUUUCCUGUUACUGGCCAUCGUGGCAGAGACUGAAGAUGUCGCAAGCCGCGUGUUAGACCUUUUAAACUUUUUAGCCCCCAGCCAUAUCAGCACUGCCCAGCGGAAUCUUGUCUGGCGGGGGAAUUUUGCAUUCCUCCUAAUAUACGUUGAGAAAAACAUGGACAUAAGCGCACUGGCAGAAAAACUGUCUCACAACUUCCGUGAAACGGCUAAAGAGUUCUUGGUGUCAAAGGGUGACUACGGUCAGAGGCACACACACUGGACGCUUCUUUCUACCUAUGUUGAUGGUGUCCAGGAAGUGUUUGAAACCAGUCAUCACCUGCAGCUUUCUGAAGAGAAGCUACUCAAUGAUGGUUUUAGCAUGAUGUUACCAGCAUGUAGAGAAUCGGAGCUUAGUGCUGUGCUGCAUUUUCUGCAAACUGCUGUAUCUCGACUCAGGAGCAUCCACAGCUGUGCGGCCCAAGGACGUUGGAAUGGAGGGCCCCAUGCGCAAUGUCUGUCAGUGGUGAGAGAGCGCCAUCUAGCUGUGGGUAAUGCUCUCUGGAGAAAUUUCUUCCCCUUCUUGAAGAGCCUGAGACUUUCACAGACACCUCCAUCCCAGCUAGCAGACACAGCUGCAGGCUAUACCCUGUUGGCUUUGGACAUGCCCAGCAGCGCACCUUCAGAGCUCCAGCCACAACCUUUAGUGUCAAUAAUGCAGCUUUUUGGAUGGGAUGACAUGAUCACUCCUCAGCUAGCAUCACGUUAUUUAAGUCAUCUGAUAUCAAACAGUGCCUUGACAGAAGCCCUCUCUGGUAUUGGCUAUUCAUCUUAUCAAGCGCUGACACUUCGGGCUUGGAUUAGAUGUGUAUUGCAAAUGUUUAUUGAUCAACCCGUUGGUGUAGCGAUAAGGACAGACUCUGAACAGACUUCAGUACUCGCAGAGCAGCUUGGGGAAUUAACCAGAUUAGCGUUCAGGCUUCCAGAGGUGGAACGCAUUAUGUUCAAAGGGCAGAUUGAGCCGAAAUCCUAUAAACAGGAUCCAAAAGGUGCCAUUCUGCAAUUCAUUAAGGCUGCUGGUGAAACCUAUGGUGGCUUGCAAACGCUAGCAGAGAAGUCCGCCAUGGUUUCAAAAUGCUUGGAGUAUGUUGGUGACAUUUUGAAAUAUGUCAAACCAUACCUCACCAAAAAGGGGCCCGUGGAAGGCUUGCAGAUCACUUAUAGAACCAUGGGGUGCCUUGUGCGGUACUGGGCAUUGAUGCUGGCUACUUCCAAAGCACAGCAGCUUCUGUUCCGCAUCAUUGAUAACCUGCUCUUACCAAAUGCCUUGUUCCAGCAAGAUAAGGGUUUGCUGCCAGCCACGCUUUCUGCAAUACGAGAGAGCCUCCCUCUUUUCCUUCAGGGUUUGUCAAUUAUAUCCCGUCAAUCUCAGUCACAAGGUGCUUAUGUCAAACAACAGCUAAAAACUGUCAUUCAGCAGUAUUUUGGGAAAUUUCUUCCCAGCGCUCCAUCUGUUUCUGGGACCGGGAGCCACCCCAUGCUAUCAGCAGUGAUUGAUUCCACUCAGAGCCCACACUGUGUGCACCUGAGGAGGAUGCUUAUGCAAGUUAUAAGUGACAGCUACCUGCAGUUUAAAGGUCACUCCCCUCCUCCGCGUUUGGCCUCCAUCCUUUCUUUCAUCGUUGAUGUUUUCCAGAGAAGCUGUAGUAUUGAUGUAGGAGAUGUUCAGUCUCUUCUUCCUUCCGUGCUCAGGUGUUUGAUAUUGGUCAAUGAGCCUCAGGUCCGAAAGCUGUCUACAGAAGCACUUCAGCGCAUCGUUGAAGGCUGCCGAGCUACCCCAGACGGAGAGACUGCAUCUUACUUGGUAUCUGUUUUAAGUGCAUUCAUUCAAGAAAACAUUGUGCUGUAUGACCAUCAGAUAUUUGGUAUUCUGGAAACCCUGUCCGUACUAGACCAGCAUCUUGUUAUCAACCUGAUCCCAACAGUUACCCAGACCCUAAAGGAUGCAGAACACAGACGCGGAUUAGGUCGGAAUGCGUCAUCGAGGGAAGCGUACAGGAGACUCCUGUCUCGUUUGGGUGAACAUGGACAAGCCGAAUUACAGAAACUUGAAAACUAAAGCCAUUGUCUGAUCUUCUGCAGAUGUACAAUUUGACAAGGACACAUCUUUUAUUAUUAUUAUUAUUAUCUUUAAACUGAUCCAACAGAAACACCAGAACAGUCUUGCGCUGCAUUUGAACUGUACAUAUAUAAUAGAUUUUGAAAAUGCAUUGUUAAUAAAUAUUUUUGUAAAUUUA